AUGGGUUAAUAAAUAGUUGGAAAAUGUAAAUAAUGUGGUCCUGCAAAUGAUGAAAUAUUACCUUAAAUGGAAAUCUAAAAAGAGAUUAAGAGUGAAGUCAUAAAAAGUUUAAAAUAAAAGUUAGAGGAAUUCGAUUAAUUUGCAAUAUAAAAGGUGACUACUUAUAGUUUAAAAUUUGAUGGAGUAUUUAGAAAAUAAGAUAUAAUAAAAGAGAAAGUAUGCAAUAAAGUAAAAAGGUAAUAGAUUCGCUGGGUUUAGUGAA